GCAUCCGAGCGCGCCCACAUACAAAUACACGCACGCACGCGCACACUUACUAGCUAGGUAGCCACUAGACAUCCCUGCCGAAGAUGGCGGCGGCGGUGACCGUGGACGAAGUGAUGAAGAUGCAGAGGGCGCAGGGCCCGGCGACGGUGCUGGCCAUCGGUACGGCGACGCCGCAUAACUGCGUGUACCAGGCGGACUACGCGGACUACUACUUUCGCAUCACCAACAGCGAACACCUAACUGAUCUCAAGGACAAGUUCCAGAGGAUGUGUGACAGGUCGAUGAUCCGAAAGAGGUACAUGCACGUGACGGAGGAGAUCCUUAAGGAGAACCCCAACGUCUGCGCGUACAUGGCGCCGUCUCUGGAUGCGCGCCAAGACAUGGUGCUCGGCGAGGUCCCGAAGCUCGGGAAGGAGGCGGCACAUAAGGCCAUAAAGGAAUGGGGCCAGCCACUGUCCAAGAUCACGCACCUCGUCUUCUGCACCACCUCCGGCGUAGACAUGCCGGGUGCCGACUAUCAGCUAACCAAGAUGCUCGGCCUCCACCCGUCCGUGAGGCGCGUCAUGCUGUACCAGCAAGGCUGCUUUGCUGGCGGCACGGUGCUCCGCGUGGCCAAGGACCUUGCAGAGAACAACCGUGGCGCGCGUGUGCUCGUCGUCUGCUCAGAGAUCACAGCCGUGACUUUUCGUGGCCCAUGUGACACCCAGCUAGAUUCCAUGGUUGGCCAGGCACUCUUUGGCGAUGGGGCAGCUGCCGUGGUCGUGGGCGCUGACCCCGACGUGCUUGUUGAAAGGCCACUGUUCCAACUUGUCUCGGCGAGCCAGACAAUACUGCCGGACACGGAUGGCUUCAUCAAGGGCCACCUCCGGGAGGUUGGGCUCACCUUCCACCUCCACAAGGAUGUGCCUGUAGCCAUCUCAAAAAACAUCCAACAAGCGCUAGAGGACGCCUUCGCUCCACUCGGCAUCGAUGACUGGAACUCCAUCUUUUGGGUGGCUCACCCUGGUGGUCCGGCCAUCCUUGACAUGGUGGAGGCAGAGGCCAAGCUGGACAAAAGGCGGAUGCGUGCCACCAGGCACAUCCUAUCCGAGUACGGCAACAUGUCCAGCGCUUGUGUGCUCUUCAUCCUCGACGAGAUGCGUAAGCGCUCUGCUGAGGACGGACACGCCACCACCGGCGAGGGCCUAGACUGGGGCGUACUCUUUGGUUUCGGCCCCGGUCUCACCGUCGAGACUGUGGUCCUCCACAGCGUCCGCACCACCGCUGCAUGAUCCAUCUGCAACGUGCUUAUAUAUACGUCACCACAAUAAUCCUUGCUAGUUUCCUCGAAUGCAUAAUCCUUGCUAGUAAGCGCCUUGAAUUCAGUAAUUGGGUCAUAAGUAUGCCCAUGCCAAACAUGGCGUCCUGUACCUAAACUUGUUGCGUGUUUGGCUAGGCCAUGAGCCUCAAAGUUAAAAUUCCUAUGUUCAUGGAUAAAAGAACAGCUAUGAAAUAAAGACUUUGUGUUAUUAAUCUC